GUGACUGUUGUAUCCUUUAUUAUUAUUAUUUCUAUUAUUUUUUUUUUCCUUAGGAGUCACCUAUCUUUAUUGGAAUUAAAAAUUCACAUGUAAUUAGUCUGUUUAUCUUUAUAAAUACAGGAGGUCAAAAUUGAAAUCAUUUCGUUUAAUCUUUCACAUGAUCGCAGCAUAGUGUGUAAUUUCGUCCAACAUGCUUCUAUAUCUUGGCAUUUAAAUAGCAUGUGCUUUUCAUUUUUGAGUAACAUUACAGUACCCACAUAAAUUGGUUGCCUUCGCGGCCCUAUAUGUAUUCAAUGAAGCGUGUUUUUUUUUUUCGUUUUUUUUUUCGUAAUUUCCGUUUUGAAGUCACGGUUUUAUUGAACUUUUCCCUUUGAACUCUCGAUACGGGUACACAAAUAAUGGUGGCAUAAUUGUUCCAGUGAAUCCUGUUUAGGUUGAAAAAUAAUGGUGUUCCUUUAUAGUCGGGCUAAUAAACCGUAUCAUGGCUUCUGAAUCAACAACACGCGUUAUUCUCUGGUCGGCACCUCGAUGUAUGUCUACUGCGUUUAUGCGUUCGAUUAAUACACUCGAUGAUUCUGUGGUUUUUCAUGAAAACUUUACAGCUGCUUACCUAUUUGGACCUGAAGGAAAUGGCAAGAAAUUAUUUAGUCUUGCUCCUUACUAUACAUAUGACUAUGUGAAAGCCUUACUUGAACAGGAAAUACCAAACAAAGAGGUCAUUUUUGUAAAGGAUUUCCCUUUUGCACUGAAAGGAAAUUUUGAAAAGAUUCCGGACGGAUAUGUUCACACUUUUUUAAUCCGGAAUCCAACAAAAGUGUUCAUGUCGAUACGUGACCAGUACAACACGUGGAUCAAGAGACUUUACUUAGGUAAAGAAAUCCAAACGUACCAACCCGCAUCUCGAAAGUUUUUUGAGGACCUCUGGAAGCUGUAUGUUUACGUCAAAGAUAAUCUCAAGAAGCCUGCCCUCAUUAUUGAUGUUGAUGACUUCUUGCGAGAUCCUGAGGCGAUGAUGAAAAUUUAUUGUCAAUCAACUGGUAUACCAUUCCGAAAGUCGAUGUUGUCCUGGGAACCAUGUAGCGUGUGGAAAAUGGAUUGGCAUUGUAGCACCGUUUUGAAAUUUUGCGGUUGGUGGAAUGGUUGGUAUGAUAAAAUGUUGAAUAGCAAUGGAUUUGGAAAAUCAAAAAUGCGGACCACUAUUCCAGAUGUUACGAUGUUGCCAAAAGACGUCAGAGACGUUGUGGAGAUCAGUGAACCAUAUUAUAAAUUGAUGUAUGACAAAAGAAUAAAAUGUUGAUUUGUUGUCAGAAAGCUGUAACCUUCGCUUUUAGGCCUAGGCUAUGGACAGCCAGAGCUGACUUGUACAUUUUACGAUGAAUACAUUUUCCUUGAUGUAGCUGUAGGAAUUUGUCAUAAUGUCACCUAUCAGUGCCAGAGAAAACGUUCAGUAUUUCUUCAAACAGCUAUUUAAGAAAAUAAUGAAUAUUAUUAAUGUUUAUGAAUACUCAUUAUUAUUUCCUAUUGUAUAACCUCGGGUACAGAAUUCAAGUUUUCUGUGCCCAAGUUGGUUCGAUAUUCUCGUCGCCAAUGCCGUAUAUUGCAUAUACUGCAAUCGUAUUAAAAACAAACCACAAUAAGUAGGGCAAUAAACAAUAUUACAGCUCAGUUCA